GGGUCACAAUGCAGCCCUUCCCCUCGACGCCCGGGCCCGGACGCGCCGCAGACACCUGCCCGGCUCCGCUUGGACCGGAGCGUCCUCCCGCAGCCAGGGCUCGGGCAGCUGCUUCCAGCCUGGGUCCGGCCUCGGCCUCCGGCAGAGCGCCCCGGGGCCUGGACAUGAGUGCCCAGGAGCCCCCUCAGGGUCGGAGAUUCCCCAUUGAGGCCGGAGACUCCCCUGGCUUUGCUGCCGCCCCCGAGUCCCAGGACAGCCCAGAGCCGGUAGCCACGGAGCACAACCCGGUCAGGCCGCUUCGACGCUGCCCCGGCUGCCACUGCCUGACGCUGCUGCACGUGCCCAUCGACGUCUACCUGGCCAUGGGCGGGAGCCCCCGGGCCCGCGCCACCUGAGUGCGCCUGCGCACGGCGGCUCCGCGGGAGCCGGGCGGGGACUAGGCCCGCCGGGGGCCACCACGCUGAAAUCGCGCACGCGGAGCACGAGACAAUGAUGCACAUUUUAAAAUAAAAG